AUGGCAACACCCCUUCAGGACCACGCCAUUAUUGCUUUUUUAGCAGGUUUUGUGGACUGGGUCAUUGGUCCCUUGGGCCUCCAGCAUGAUCUCAGACCGUCUUCGCUCUUUGUUCGGAUACCGUCGAUCAUUGGUUACAUCUCGCUACAUCUAAACGUCAUUCAUCGUGGGGUUUCCCGGUUUGAAUUAUCUGAUUCUUUCUACGACGCUGGAAGUGGAGAUCCAACUCGUCAGAUUCGCUACCUCGUACCGUGUUUCCAACAUUCUUCGGCUCCUUUAGCUGCAAUUGCUCGUGACAACGCCUUGGUCAUUUGCGCAUACCGUCUCACCAACAUCAUCACCUCUCCCGCCUGA